CUUACCAUGUCCUGGUUGUUGGCCAUGUGGAUUAGCCUCGGCUUCCUGCUGCUGUGCCAGGCCACACUCUACCAGACCAUCCAGCAGCACCAUGUGGCCCGGCCCGGUCGCACCGACAUUCUCACCCUGGAGGGAGGUACGUGUGAGGUGAUUGCCGCCCACCGAUGCUGUAACAAGAAUCGCAUUGAGGAGCGUUCUCAGACAGUCAAGUGCUCCUGUUUACCGGGGAAAGUGGCUGGGACGACACGCAACAAACCCUCCUGUGUGGACGCGUCCAUUGUAAUUGGGAAAUGGUGGUGUGAGAUGGAGCCAUGUCUGGAGGGAGAGGAGUGUAAGACUCUGCCUGACAACUCUGGAUGGAUGUGCUCCUCCGGGAACAAAAUCAAGACCACAAGAAACACCCAGCCAUACUCCCCUUUUUAG